AUGAAGUUUGCCAAACUAUUUCAACAGGUACUUAAUGAGGAGCAUGUUCCUGAGGAGUGGAUUAAUCGUGCCAUCCAGUAUAAACAGUUAAAGAAAAGAAUAAACAAGGUUGUUGAAGAGUUGGAGAAUGUAGGAAUAAGCAAGGAUGACGAGAAUGUGACAUAUAGUCUGGAGCUGAUAGGAGAUACGGUGCAUCCCAUAUUGAAGAUUUGCUUGAGUCCAUUGUUGCGAACGUUGAUUCUUGAUAAAAUUAACAGUAUGGGAUAUGAAUAUGAGAUCAAGCCCUUGAAAAUUGAGGAAUUGGAUAACACUAGCGUUUGCACAACAAUCAAUCCAUUUGAUGACGAUAACAUUCAUUAUGAGUUGAAGAUAUCCCUCUUACAGGACAGUAAAUUUUUCCAAGUUUUAUAUGACGAGAUUGAAGAUUUGGAUAAAUUUAAAGAGGAGAGAGAAACAGAAAUCACCAAGGACGUUGAGAAUUUAGCUAACAACAUUGGGAGUGUUGCAGCUCCAAAGAUAAAGAAGUCGGAUAUGUACAUUUGGAGAGAAAUUUUCCAAUUUUAUAUUGAAAGUGAGAUUUUCUUCAGUACAGUUGAGAGAGAAGCAGGUGAAAUAAACAUCGAAGUCAGUAGAGAGAGGUACUUUAAGUUCUUAAAACAUCUACAUGAGACCAAGAUAGUUACAAAGUUCCAACAAAAGCAAUCGUUUCUUGCAUUUGAGAAGUUCAAGCAAAUGAAUUUUGAGGUUAUGAAAAUUUCAAACUAUCAAACCUUUAACAAUAUGGCUGUGCGUAAAAUAUUGAAGAAGUUUGACAAACAGACGCAUUUGACAUCUAAGGAGAUCUUUCCCGAAUUGAUCAAAUCACACGCCAAUAUAUUGAAUGGAUCAAUAGCCAAGGACAUAUGUUUCAUAAUAGCCAAUCGAUUGUUAACUGUUGUUCCACAAAUUGACGAUUAUCUAUGUCCCAUUUGCUGUUCCAUUGCAUUCAAGCCCAUCAGGCUCCGGUGCGGCCAUCUCUUCUGUAUCCGAUGUUUGGUGAAGCUGCGUCGUAAACAUGAGGACAAAUGCCCUCUUUGCCGAGAAGAAUGUCUGCUGUCGCUAACAGUUGACGACUUGGAUAUUGCGCAGAUGAACUACAUGAAGAUGUUCUUCCCCAAGGAGGUGAGGGAAAAGGAAGUUGAAAACGAUAAGGAAAUCAUCAAGGAAACCUACGGAACAACCAAGCCAUGUGUGAUAAUGUGA